UCAAAUGCAUCAGUUUAUGUCCACGCUCUUGCUGUUAAUAUUGUUAUAGACUAAACAUUUUUAUAUCGCGGAGUUCGAAUUUCUUGUUACUUGACGCGUGGAACUUAAAUAAUCGUUUAAAAAACUUGGGUUAAAGAAAAAAUAAAAAGGUUUUCCUUUUUGAGAAGUGAGAUUCAAUGUGAAGAUUAACAAGUUUUGUUUGCUAAACUGAUUGGUUGAGAUUUUUUAUUGACCUUUCAUGUCAAGAAUUAUAUAUGAAUUAAGUAAAAACAUUUUUGAUUGUUAGGCGAUUUUAUCAUUUAUCGGUCAUGACCUAGGCACGCUUUAACAAUCCAAGUCUUGGAUUCUUGUGACCAAGAAUCAUGAGCGAAAAGCAAUCAGAAAAUAUAGAAACGUUAGAAAUACUUCGUUACAAUCUGGACGACAAAUCUAAAAUGCUUGCUGUUGGCGAAUAACAAAACUUAAACAGAGUACACUUGCAGAAUGAGAAAUGUGUUUUUGUGUAUGUAUAAAUAUGCUCUAUGAAUUGUAGGUGUUUAUGCGUGCUAAAGUCGGAUGUUACCGCCUAUUUGGAAAAGGUAACAAUACACUUCUAUAAAUAUGGCUUAAAUAGUGAGGAAGGGUUAUUUAAUAAGUUAAUAUCUGCUAAUAGAAGCAAGCGGCAGGUUUAAUGCAAUAGUAAAAAUAUAAACUGUCGUAGGUUUGAAUGGAAUAAAUGUAAAAUGUGAUAUAAUAGAAACUAAAAGAAAAGUUAAACUUUACUCCAUACUUAAUAGGUGAGAAAAUAACCGAAGAUUUCCAUUAAUAAAUAAAACGACGAAAAAUAACCAACUAAAAUAAACUAAAUUAACUAAAAUAACUCGAGUUUAGGUGUACCUCUUGCAUGUAUCAUAAAAAUUAAUAAUAAAAUAGCUUCAAAAAAAGAAAUAAAAUAUAAUGACGGAAGGCAAUGAUAUGCCUAAGGAAACUGUUAAUAAAGAAGCAAUGACAGAUGACGAUCAUCAUGAAAAAGAUAAAGAAACCGCUCGUAUCAUAGAAGAAAUAAUUGAGGGCAUAUCUCCGCAACGUCGUCGAGGUACGUUAAUACGUACGAUUUCGGCAGUUAUAAGCUUGCAGAAACGUUAUUAUUCUAUAAGACCUCAUCGCGAGCAAGAACAACGCAAUGCGGAGGAUGUUUUGUUUGAUAUGUUCUAUAAUGAAGAGACGGGUUUCAUUUCAAUGGGUAAAUUUUUGGCGGCUCUUAAGACAACCGGUAUACGACGUAAUGACCCGCGCAUUCGUGAGUUGAUGGAUAAUCUAAAGAAAGUUCAUAAGCUGGCCAACUAUGAAUCGGGUUCAUCGCCCGAAACACAAAAUCUUAAUCGUGAGACAUUUAAAGCUGUGGUGGCGCAAAAUAUUGUUUUAAUUGCUAAAGCGUUUAGACAACAGUUUAUCAUUCCGGAUUUUUCGGGCUUUGUAAAAGAUGUAGAAGACAUAUUUUGGAAAUGUAAGACAUUCGCUGCGGGGAAAGUGGCCGAUUACAUACCGCAACUGGCUCGCUAUAGUCCCGAUUCAUGGGGUGUUAGCAUUUGUACUAUAGAUGGGCAACGUUAUUCUAUUGGUGACGUUGAUGUUCCAUUCACACUCCAAAGUUGCAGCAAACCUCUGACUUAUGCUAUAGCUUUGGAGAAACUGGGUGCUAAACUGGUGCAUUCUUAUGUAGGGCAGGAACCAAGCGGUCGUAAUUUUAAUGAAUUAGUCUUGGAUUAUAACAAUAAGCCUCAUAAUCCGAUGAUUAACGCGGGUGCUAUAUUAACAUGUUCUUUGAUUCAAGCCUUAAUAAAACCAGAGAUGACAGCAGCCGAGAAAUUCGAUUACACUAUGUCGUGGUUUAAACGUUUAUCGGGUGGUGAAAACAUUGGUUUCAACAAUGCUGUUUUCUUGUCGGAGCGAGAAGCAGCCGACCGUAAUUAUGCUUUAGGAUUUUACAUGCGGGAAAAUAAAUGUUAUCCAAAACAAACUAAUUUGAAAGAAGUCAUGGAUUUUUAUUUCCAAUGUUGUUCAAUGGAAACUAAUUGCGAAUCUGUGUCUGUCAUAGCCGCCACUUUAGCUAAUGGUGGAAUUUGCCCUACGACCGAAGAAAAAGUCUUUCGUCCGGAGGUAGUACGCGAUGUCUUAUCAAUCAUGCACUCUUGCGGGACUUACGACUACUCUGGGCAAUUUGCAUUUAAAGUUGGUUUGCCUGCCAAAUCUGGUGUUAGCGGCGGUAUGAUGUUAGUUAUACCCAAUGUUAUGGGUAUCUUCACAUGGUCUCCGCCCCUCGACCAAUUAGGUAAUUCGGUGCGUGGUAUGCAAUUCUGUGAGGAAUUGGUAAAUGUUUUUAAUUUCCACCGUUACGAUAAUUUGAAACACGCUUCCAAUAAAAAAGAUCCACGAAAGCACCGUUACGAGACCAAGGGAUUGUCCAUUGUGAACUUAUUGUUUUCGGCUGCGAGCGGCGAUGUCACCGCUUUGCGUAGACAUCGUUUGUCUGGAAUGGAUAUCACUCUGGCCGAUUACGAUGGUCGCACAGCCUUGCAUUUGGCGGCUUCAGAGGGACAUUUAGAUUGUGUGAAAUUCCUCCUCGAACAAUGCCAUGUGCCACACAAUCCCAAAGAUCGUUGGGGAAAUCGUCCGAUAGAUGAAGCCGAGAACUUUGGCCAUUACAAAAUUGUAGAGUACUUAAAAUUAUGGGCGGAGAAAUCCCAUACUGGUGAAGAUGUGAAAACAGAGAUUGUACUUAAAAACACUGACGCGGACGAGGAAAUUCUAACCGAUGAAUUGAACAGUGAAUAUGAUCGCAGCGUUACCGCCACUCAGAUGCCUAAGGAAUUCAGCACUAGUAGCGGUUCAGAUGAUAGUACUCGACCAGGCCUUUGAACAAUAUCUUCCUUUCCAAAAACAUAAUUUCCAGAUUGUGAGUUGCAAAUGCCUACUCUAAAGUAUUAUUGAUAUUUUUUUAUAGUUAAAAUAAUUUUUACAAUACUGUGCAGCUGGAGUUGUUAUUUCGGUAUCUUAAAAGUAAAAAAUAAAACAUGUGACAAUAAGCAACAUUCUCAGUCUACACAAAUUUUUAAAUUGUCAUUGAUUCCGUAUUUUGAAGUUUAAUAAGCGUCUCCAUGUUUUCAAAAUAGUAUUAUUGAUUUUAAGAAAAUUUGCAAGGUGUGCGAAAGACGUGUUUCAUCAGUAACUUGAGAUCUAUGUCUGUAUAUUUUUGAAAUUAAAUUCAUAUUUUUCUUUGUCAAUUUUCUAGUUUAAGAUUUAUC